AUGACUAAAAGUCUUUCCUAUGCCUUCCCCAAGCAAUCGGACAAAGGCAUUCCUCACAGAAAACGAACUAGGUUGACACUACGUGUCCGAAAAUGGACUUCAUCGAUGAUGCGUCACUGUGCAAUUUCCCAGCUCUCGGACUGGGUGAAGAUCAAAAUCCGCACAUACUCUACUCCACGCAUUUCUGGGAGGAUAUUAGUGCUGCAAGUUCAUCAUCACUCCAUUCUGCUCGUCAUAAUUUUUCAAGUCCUUGGGCUUUCAACGUAUAUUGUAAACCUUUCGCGUAUCCUUAUCUUGCUCUUCACUUCUUCGCCUCCCUAUCCAUUGUCAAAAGAAUAUCAUGGUGUCGGAAGUUUGGUGGCUCUUUUCUCUCCCCUUUUUGGGAAACAAAGGCUAUUUGGGUCCUCGAGAUCUCUUCUCCUUCUCCUCGAGGCACCUAUCCGAGAGAUUUCGUCAUUGCUGUACGACAUCAAGAAAUCCCGAUUCUCGCAAACGCAUAGGGUAGAGAUCCGGGAAAUCAAGCCACAUUCUUUCAAAAGCGUGGGCUUCCGUAGGAGCAUAUUCACUCUAGUAGUGAGUAUCAUCUUCAAAACGCUGGCCCCGACAUAUGCGGCCGUGCUUCUCAGGUUCCGAAAUUGCUUGUUUCACAAGUCAAGAAUCCCCAGGAGCAGGAAAGGGCACAUAUACCCUCUUGAGCUCACAUAUACCUGUUCUCUCGGUGCAAGUCACCUGAAGCCAGCCCUAUUUGAAACGUUGAACGGAAAAUCGUGCCUUGAGGGCCACCUAUUAUUUUCAGAAGAGUAUACCCUAGCUUCAUCUCUUUGGAAGAUGUCAAAUAUCAUCUCCACAUCCCGAAUGAAAUUCUGUUCCCUACCGAACGAUGUGGAUAAAGUUCUGUGUCUAGAAACCACCCAAUUCUCGCCUGUGUACAAGCUUUCGAAAACAAAAUUUGCUUUUGAGGUUUUAGAAAAGCUAGAAAAGCUAUAUACUGGAAAUCCAACCAUUUUAGUCCUCCUAGACUCUAAUUUCGGGAAGAAAAGGAGCCAGGAGAUCGAGGGAUCCGACGAGGAUUUGAUACCGGAUAGAGCAGGAGAACAUUGUAUGAUGAAGUCGUGGGUUGUGGAGAGUGGUCAUAAUUCGUGGUUAGGUUCGAAAGUGGAGGGGGGUUCUAUACCUCCAGUAGCCGGGCCCAAGUGUUCAUCAGAGCCUAAGCAAGCGUUCUACACUGCGGACUACCGCAAGCAAAUGCAUGCCCACACUCCGGCCAGUAAACAACCUUUAUCAAGGAAGAGAAUAAAUACUGAACCACUCUAUCUAACAUGCUACGAACUCAAAUACCCUCCUCAUCAACUCCCCAGAAACCCCCUAACGCCCGUUUCUAACACCCCUUCCCCUUUCCGCCCAUUUAUCCCGUCUCUACUGCCUCUCGCACCUGGCACCGCCGAAACACCACCAACUCUCCAACCACCCUUUCAAGCCCAAUUCGACCAAUAUCGCUAUCUCCUCUCCACAAGGGAGAACCGCUGA